GUGGAUACUGUGCCCGCCAAGUCGCUUCCCUCUUCAAUUUUCAGUACCAAGAAAUCAGACGCAACAAUGGCUAAUCCAAGAAAAAUUCCGGCGACCACUGCAGGGAAAAUCAUAAAAUGCAAAGCUGCCGUGUUAUGGGGACCCCGCCAGCCCCUGAGGAUACAGGAGGUGGAGGUGGCGCCGCCGCAUAAAAUGGAGGUUCGGGUCAAGAUUCUUUUCACUUCCGUCUGUCCCGGAGAUAUUGUAACCUGGUCUUUCCAGGGUCCAUUCUUCCCUAUGAUUAUGGGACAUGAAGCAACAGGGGUUGUGGAGAGCGUGGGGGAGGGCGUGACGGGAUUAGUUGCAGGGGAUACGGUUAUGACGGUGUACACUGGGGAAUGUGGAGAAUGUGCUCACUGCAAAUCUGAAGAAAGUAAUCUGUGUAGUCUUCUUUGUUUUAAGUUCAUUGAGGGACUGAAGAUCUGUGAAGGCACACCAAGGUUUUUAGUUGAAGGAAAACCCAUAUACCAUUAUGCCACCACUUCCACAUUUACUGAGUACACCGUGUGUCCUGCCGGGUGUGUUGUCAAAAUCAAUCCUCUUGCUCCACUGGACAAGAUUUGUGCAUUGAGCUGUGGGGUUGUUUCAGGUUUGGGUUCUGUGUUGAAUGUUGCCAGGCCACCAAAAGAUUCCUCUGUGGCUAUUUUCGGACUCGGUCUAACAGGACUUGCAGCUGCAGAAGCAGCCAGAAUAGCUGGUGCUUCGGAGAUAAUAUGCGUCGAUGUGGAUGUAAACAAGCUUAGAAAGGCGGUUGGAUUUGGCAUGACAUACUUUCUGAACCCGCCGCGUUAUAACAUGCCAAUUAAAGAUAUCAUUGUGGAUAUGACCCGUGGAGGAGCAGACCGAAGUGUGGAUUGCACUGGGGACAUCAGCUGCAUGAGAUGUGCAUUUGAAUGUGUUCAUAAAGAAUGGGGCAUUGCGGUUCUCAACGCUGAGUCGCGCCAAAAGUUGAGGACUGAUUCACUGAAAUUCGCAGGGGAGAGGACUCUGAAGGGCUGCUACUUUGGGAACUACAAACCGCGGUCUCAACUUCCCUCACUUGUGGACAUGGUCAUGAAGGGGGAACUUGACAUGGACAAGUUUAUCACUUACCGGUUUCGAUUUGCUGAGAUCAAUGAGGCCUUGCAGAGAUCGCUUACUGACGCAACGAUACUUCUCUGCAUUGUCGCAAUGGAAUGAAUGAUUCAUAUGAUCUGCUCCUUGCAUAAUAACAUCUGUACAAACUGUCAAUGCAAUGUCCAUAGCAAAUAGUACCAUAGUUU